AUGAGAACCUCAACGCUAGCCUUCGCCUCUGCUGGCACCAUCAUUACCGGCCUUCUCGCUUAUGCCGUGUACUUCGACCACAAGAGACAGACGGACCCCGAAUUCCGGAAAUCAUUGAAGCGUAACAACCGACGACUGGCAAGGGCUGUCAAGGAAGAGGUGGAAGCCCAGGGAGCUCAACAACGCGAAAGCAUCAAGAAGGCUCUCCAGCAGGCGAAGGAGGAAGGUUUCCCCACCGAUCUCGAGGAGAAGGAGGCGUACUUCAUGGGUCAAGUCGCUAAGGGCGAGGGCCUUUGCUCCGAAGGUGCAGACAAGGUCGAUGCUGCAUUGGCCUUUUAUAAGGCACUUAAGGUCUACCCUCAGCCCAAGGACCUGAUCUCCAUAUAUGACAAGACCGUCCCCAAGGAGGUGUUGGAGGUCCUUGCUGAAAUGGUCGCCAUGGAUCCUGCCCUCAAGCUCGGCAGUUUCACUGGCGAAGGUGGCAGUGCUGCUGACCACCACGGCGUUGAGUAA